UGCCUGCGGGGAGCUCGGGCUGGUGCUGAACGCAGCGCUCUGGGGACUCGCCGCUAUGACUCUGGAGGAAAUCCACGGACAGGAGCCUGUGCCUGCGAACCACGACUGGACGCAGGCCGCCGGCAAAUCCCUCCACGAGCUGCUGGGGUCGGCCCAGCGCCGCGGCUGCCUCACCGCCGGCGUCUACGAAUCGGCCAAGCUGAUGAACAUCGAUCCCGACAACGUCGCUUUCUGCGUCCUGGCCACGGACGAAGAGGACGAGGGGGAUAUUGCCCUGCAGAUCCACUUCACCCUGAUCCAGGCCUUCUGCUGCGAGAAUGACAUUGACAUUGUGCGGGUGAACGACGUGGAGAAACUGGCUGCCAUCGUCGAGCCCAGCGAAGAGUCUGGGGAGCCGCGGGACCUGCACUGCAUUCUCAUCACGAACCCAAAUGAAGAUGGAUGGAAGGACCCAGCCCUAGAAAAGCUGAACUUGUUUUGUGAAGAGAGCCGAAAUGUCAACGACUGGGUGCCAACCAUCACCCUGCCUGAGUGAUGGUGACUCAGUGCAUUGGGGAGGCUGAAACCUUUGUUGCAUUCUCACCGUGAUGUGGGUUCACUGAAGUGUGCAACGCACUGCUGAUUCCAUGGAUUAGCCUGGUCAAGAGACUGGAUUAAAGUCACUCCGAUGGGCAUGCAGUGGGUUCUUACAGAGGAGAAAGAGAAGAACAGCUUGCCUCACCAGUUAGCCUCAGUAGCCUGCAACUGUGGAGAGGCUGACAUGCCAUGGAACUUAAAAAUAUUGCAGAUUUCCUGGUUGAGUGGAGCUGUUUCAGAAGGCAGAGAGAAAGCUGGGGGAAGUGGGCCAAAACUUUUCAGAAGGUCUGGACAGAGUACUGUAACUAGGAACUGUUGGUGCUGUCUACAAAACAGAAGAAAGUUGAAAUAUUUGAUGGAUUGCUAGGGUGUUUACUGAGACAAAUACAGAGACUCCAAAGUGAGCAGACUUUAACAGACCACUUGGGUUACUCUGCAGAACUGAUUUAAUAAUGCAAUAAUUUUUAUUGAAAUAUUUGCUGCUAUUGAAGUUUUCAUAAUAAAUUUUUGACAAUUAAUUUC